AUGGAACCGAGUUUAAGGGCGGAAGCUGAACGAGUUUGUGGUGAUGACAUCUCGUGUCUCUUUGACAUCGCGGCAACAAAGGACGUUUCAAUUGGUGAAUCAACAUUAUCAGAAAUCACUACCAUAAACAAUGAAAUAUUGCAAGUGGGUAUGUAUCUCCUCUUAUUAUGGUACCAUGUCGACUUUGAUAGUCAGAUAUUCAUCCUUUUUAUAAGGUCGUUUCUCCGCAAUUAGAUAUUGAUAAGAGAUAUAGCUAAAUGAAAUAAAAUUGCAUUCUGUGUACUAUACGAUUCACAAAGCUCAUGAAGCAUGAAGCAUGAAGAAGUUGGAAAGAUAUAACUGAGGAGCUAGCAUCCAAAACAAAAAAUAGAAAACCGAAGUAAAAUAAAGGAAUUUUUUUAACAUGAGUGUUCGAAUGUUGCCAAAUGAUUAGAAGUGAUUUUAAUAAAAAAAUAAGAAUACAUGAGCGUUGUUUUUGAAACCGUUGGUUAAACCUGAGUAAUAUCAUGCAGCAUAUUAUUAAAUUCGUAAUACUAGCACUUCAGUCACCACACAUACAUCAUACUAUAUAAAUCAGAACGCCCGUCCGUAUGUCUGUGAAAUGAUCGAAACAUGUAUACUAAAUUUUGGCGAUAUAAUGAACCACAUAUAUUUCCUGGCGUUUUCACACUGACUCUUUCGUUGUUUUAGUGCUCCUUAUUUCCUCUCAUAUAAAUAGCUUACGGCACAAGCGAAUAGUUUUCUCACUUUGCAAGAAUUGUAUACUUCAAUUACGGUAACUUGGUAAGCGUCACAAACAGAUGCAAUAUUUAACUACAUGGACACAAAAGUAUAGAUACCUUUAUAUUGUCAUGGCCUCAAAAUUAUUAAUCGGCAUCUAAAGUACAGGUAUGGGUUUAAAAACCUUGGAUACUUUAUCCAAAUAAUGCAACUAUUUGCAUGAUGACGCGUGCUCGGAUGGCGUAUUAUCAUACAGUAUCAGUUAGAGAGUGUAUUUAAUAAAAUUUGAAAUUUCCUAUAACUUAAAUAUCCUGUCGGCUGUCGCUAUUACAUGCCGCAUCAAUAACAUUAACAUGCAGAACAUCAUAAUAAUAAAAAAUUAUGCAUUUUUAAAUGAUAUAUAGAAAACCGUCUUCCCAUGUUUAACCAAAAUUUAACCGUGAUCAACGUGACGUUGGGAGUGACGUUCAACCUGGUGUUGGAGGCCGAAGAUCCGGAUGACGAUGAAAUAAAGUUUGAUGUUCCUGCUCAUCCACCUGGAGCAAGUUUUAGUUCUUCUGGAAAUCAGUUAGUCUUUUCCUGGACUGUAAACUCCGCUGAGCCG